UCCGCCGGGACGGACGGGGCACGCUGGCGGAGGUAGUGCGGCCUCGGCCCGACGCACCACGUGGCUCCCCACGUGCUGGGCCUCCGCGGGCUGAGGGUCGAGGUGUUGCAACUAUGGGUCUCCGACCACGGGCGCGGACGGUGGCCUGCUGCACAUCCAAGUGCGACCUAUAAAUGGAUAGGAAAAACAGUCUGACAUCUGCAGAGCACCAACCAGAGGAGCUGCUUUUUUUUUUUUCUUUUUUUAAGUUCCUGUCAGACUUAGUUUUCAAGUAACCGCUGUUACUCAUUUAGUAUCCAGAACGGUCAUAAGGCGUUAUUAAAUGUAAUAGUAUGUUCUGCUUUAAUUUCAGCACUUAAUUAGAUCCCUUCACUGCACAGCAUUAGAGUUGCCUGCUCCGUGAUUUCUUCCUCAGUGCAGAAUGGUGUAGAGAGCCAUCCUGUGCCCGUCCUCCAAGUGGUUCCAUGAGUUUGCCAGGGCUGCAUAACAGCUGUGUUAGUGCCAUGCCUCACCUCACUUGGGUUUUUUCCCAUUAACUCAUUUCAUUAAUAUGAUAUUUGCACAUUACUGACAUCACUCACUUUUCCUCAGUUUGAAAAUUGGUCCAAAUAGCAAUAACAAUUAAAAGGGAAAGAAGAGAGAUACAUAUUUGGCAAAUUGCGUGUCAUAGCCAUACAACUGGCUAGUAGAGAUAGGAAGAGCUCCGCUUUCAGCUUCUGCAGGUUUGCUUGAACUUUCAAGCUGCUUCCUUUGGAAAUGAGAUAUUGUUAUUUGGUGCCCAGAAUACUUAGUUUCGUAUCUUUCCUAGUAACAAUAAAACCUGGAGGCUGAGGCACUGCUAAAUGCUCUAUCAUGUUUUCGGGUUACAGGUGGGGAAGUUCAACUAAACAUACACUGAGGAGUUUCCAUGGCAGGACUGUCUCUUGAGUUCUGGAAUUCCCAAACAUUUUUCUUAAGGAAAUAAAACUGUCCGUGGGUAGUUACUGUUUUAAAUGAGUAAUAUUUUAACUACUCCACUGGAACUGAAUGCUAGUACUUUGUUAGUAUUGCUUUAUAUUUAUUGAUCUUCUGAAAAAGCAGAGGUCUGCUGCUGUUGCACAGGGUUUUUAACGUUUCAAGUGGGCUCUGGCUGACCUAUCCCAUUUGAGUAUGGCAUGGUGCACGGGUCACCAGCAGCCUGCAUGGAAAUGGGUGGUUUCUAACAGUGUUUGCCAAAAAGGUUUCAAGUAUAUGGGGGUUAGUGCUUUCUCUCUAGUCUGUCCGUUGAAGGAGUGCAGUCCUAUUAAUAUCAGAUGUGAUGCUUGUAGAUCAGAGGGAGCAUUCGGUAAGUAUAAUGGCUAUAAUUGCCUCUGGUACAUUCAGCUUGAACUGUUAGCAAGCUGUUGAAUUCUGAGGAACUGCUAGCAUUUGGAGGAAUCUUGAGUAAUACAUGUCACCUGUAAUUGCAACAGUUGUCUGCUGCUCCAAAGCAGUUAUGUUGCUCUCAGUAUGUUCCUUCCUGUUUUAGUCCAUCCCUUCUGUAAACCAGUGCUUGUACAGAAAGGACUGCUCAUUCAUUUCUAAGGGACAUUACAAUACCGGACAGGAGUUGCUGUUCAGUGUUCAUGGCUUUUCAUAUUAUGAAAUGUGAUGUGAAGUGCAUGUAAAGUACAGAGGAGGUAUUAACAGGCAAUGCUUAAAUAAGUACAUGUUCAAUUGUUUUCAUGAAGGCUCCCUAAAGUAGGCAAAGGGGAACAUGUGUUUAGAGUGGGAGACUAUAGGUCUGUGGGCCUGAUCUUUUCUCCUUAGUAUUUUCACACAUUACAGCUCUCUUGCCGUUAUGUGGAACAGAGCAGGGUUUGACAAAGAAAAAUACAUUAUUGCUGCCUCUCUUAAACAAAACCUGCACUGUUUUUUUUCUGUGUGGCAAAAGGUAGUAUCAAAAGGUGGAACUUCUGCUACCUGUUGUGUUGCUCGGGGUUGUUCUGAACAAAUUCUAGCUUCAGCUUGUCAACUGAUUUUGGGGGUUGCAGUCAAAUGUCUUUCAGAUAACUGGAAUAAGUGUUCAGUGCUGGAGUAUUGCCAGAAAUGCUUUGCUUCCCUAAUUGGAACAGGGUUAGGUUAGUGGGAAAUUUAGCUUCCUCAUUACCAGAGGAGCUCAAGUUAGUUUUACUUUGAUCUGUUACAGCAGACUCUAGGUGCUGCCUGAGAAAGUAGAAGCCAUAGAAUAAGGAACAUCACAGAGGAGCUCAGUGGUAGUUCUUUCCAUUUUCUGGUGUAGUUGGGCUAUUGACUCAAACUGGGAAAUUUGAGUAUGUGUGUGAAGACUGGAUAGUAAGUGUUGUAACUGAAAAGCCGCAGAAGAAUGUCCAUACUGCAUUUCAACAGAAGCAUCUUGAGUUCAUCGUGUCAAAGUUUGGUGCUAAGGCUGCAGUCAGAAGAGUCAAAUCUGACGUAGGAAACCAUUGUGAUAAUGCAGCUUUAAAUCUGUGAGCUGCUCAGCUCUUUAACUUCAGUAGUAGGGUGGUCAUCCAGAACCAAGUCUAAUGUAAAUGGGAUUCACUGAAUAGUGAACAAGGUGAUAGCUUCAGACUACAGCUGAGGGUGUCUGUACAGUGAGCUCUGGUAAACGUCUGCCUUCUCUCCUUUGUAGGGAGAUGUUAUUUGAGGUGACUUCAUUUGCUGCCUUUGAAGUUCUGGAAUUUUAACUGAGCCACUGUCUCAUCAGAUCUGUCUUGCAGAAUUUGACCAGGCAGCUGAUCUGCAACCAUGAGCAGCAACGAAUGCUUCAAGUGCGGACGCACUGGCCAUUGGGCCCGGGAGUGCCCAACUGGGAUUGGCCGUGGUCGUGGGAUGAGAAGCCGCGGCAGAGCAGGCUUCCAGUUCAUGUCUUCAUCUCUCCCGGACAUCUGUUACCGCUGUGGUGAGUCUGGCCAUCUUGCCAAGGACUGUGAUCUUCAGGAGGAUGAAGCCUGCUAUAACUGCGGUAGAGGUGGCCAUAUUGCGAAGGACUGCAAGGAGCCGAAGAGGGAGAGAGAGCAGUGCUGCUACAACUGUGGCAAACCUGGCCACCUGGCUCGUGACUGUGACCAUGCAGACGAGCAGAAAUGCUACUCUUGCGGAGAAUUUGGACACAUUCAAAAAGACUGCACCAAAGUGAAAUGCUAUAGGUGUGGCGAAACUGGCCAUGUAGCCAUCAACUGCAGCAAGACCAGUGAAGUCAACUGCUAUCGCUGCGGCGAGUCAGGGCACCUUGCACGGGAAUGCACAAUUGAAGCUACAGCCUAAUUAUUUUCCUUUGUCGCCCCUCCUUUUUCUGAUUGAUGGUUGUAUUAUUUUUCUCUGAAUCCUCUUCACUGGCCAAAGGUUGGCAGAUAGAGGCUACUCCCAGGCCAGUGAGCUUUACUUGCCGUGUAAAAGGAGGAAAGGGGUGGAAAAAUCAACUUUCUGCAUUUAACUACAAAAAUGUUUAUGUUUAGUUUGGUAGAGGUGUUAUGUAUAAUGCUUUGUUAAAGAACCCCCUUUCCGUGCCACUGGUGAAUAGGGAUUGAUGAGUGGGAAGAGUUGAGUCAGACCAGCAAACCCUCUCUGGGUUACAUGGAAGUGAUCCUAUGCAGGAGAAAAGAAAUUCUGGAAGUGUCUGAACUUCCUCAUAACUUUAAUUUUAUUACAAUGGCCUUGGAUUGUCUGACCUCAGUAGCUGUUAACACCAAGUAAUAUCUGUAUCAGGCCCUACAUAGAGCAUAUAGCUGAGUGGGAGUAAAUAAACAAGAUGCACAUGCCUGUUGAUGGCCACGAGAGAGAGAGAAAUCAGGAAUAAACUUUAAAAUACCAGUAAUUCAGUCAGUGAAUGUCCAUGUUGGAGAAACAGAACGCAAUGGGAAGCUUUUGAAUAAAUACUUCAAAGUAAAUCUGAAACCCAGACAUCAGUGCUCAUAGCAUAUACAAUUUGGAGCUAUUCAGGAGUUGCAAAUAAAUGCAUUUUCACAGAAAUCAAGAUGUUAUUUUUGUAUACUAUAUCACUUAGACAACUGAGUUUCAUUUGCUUGUAAUCAGUUUUUAAAGUAAGAUGGUAAAAGCAAUUGAAGUCCUAGAACAUAGAAAAUGUAAUUUUAAACUAUCAAUAAAGCUGGAGGAGGAAGGGGAGUUUGGCUAAAAUUCUUUGUUUAUUUUUGGUUUUCAUGUACACAGUGCAAAAUAACAUAUUAAAAGGGGUAUGUGGAGGUGUAAAAAGUUUA